CAGCAGCAGCAUUCAAUAGAGAAUAUACUACAUCCACCCAUGCCCCAGGAGACAUAUAUCUCACCAUUGUAGAUUCGCCACCUGAUCGUCAUAUCCAACAUAUGGACAUAGAUUACAAUUACAACUCUGAGUAUCUGACAGUCGAUUCACCACAGAUCCAGCAUAAUAACACCAAUAAUGAUAACUACAACUACUCUGAAUAUUUAACGAGAGACGCAACAAUUGGGAUCCAGCAUUACACUGACAACAAUGAUAACUACAUUAGUUCGGAGCAUCUGAAGAACACUGAUUUGGCAGAUGAAGUCCAGCUUAAUGACAUUUAUGCUUAUGAUUCCGACUUGUACAGGCCACAAAGCUAGUUCUGAUGUAGUAUCCAAACAGCCACUAACCUAUUGCCUAGGAAGUCGACAAAAAGUAAAUGAGAAUAUAAGACGACACUCUAUGAACAGUUACUCCCUGAGUGAAUGUUGAUUUUGUGUUACAAGUCAUAAAUGCUACUCCAGAAAUGAGAACGGAACUUCCAAUAUAUGAAUAGAACGGGGACCAGAAAGACCUUGUAAAGAAGUACCAGGUACUGUACAAAGCAGCACUUAAAGGUGACUGGGAUAGGGCUCAAAGGAUUUUUAAAGUUGAUCCUUCUGCGUUGACGGCAAGUAUUACUGUCGGCAAUGAGACAGCAUUGCACAUAGCAGCAGCUUCAGGGCAUUCAAUGUUUGUUGAAAAGCUGGUGGCACUCAUGCCAUCAGAUGCACUAGAGUUGAAGAACUGUGACGGUGAAACAACGCUUCAUUUUGUCGCUGCUGCUGGAUUGAUCAGAGCUGCAAAGGCGAUGGUGACUAAAAACCCUAACUUGACACAGAUGCGCGAUAAUAAUGAGUGGGUUCCGCUUGUAACUGCAGCUUACAGUGCUAAUUCUUCAAACGAACGAAGUAAAGAAAUGGUUAAGUAUCUUUGCAGCGUCACUAGAGAUGAGGAACCAAGUCCCUACUAUGGUGUCUCGGGUGGUACCCUAAUCUGUAUAUGUAUUGCAAGUAAUUUAUAUGAUGUUGCUCUGUACCUGGUCCAACGAUUUCCAAACUUGGCUACCGAAAAAAGUGAAGAUGGUUACUGUGCAUUGGAAGCAAUGGCAGAAAGACCUUCAGCAUUCCCAAGUGGGAAUGAGCGGACAUUGUGGCAACAGUUCCUCUACUCAUUUCGCAGUGCUAAACAAAUACACGACGAAGAAUUAAUGCAAAAGCAUGCCUUGGCCUUGGUUAAAUGCAUUUGCAAACAAAUUUCUCUUAAGAGCAGCACAGAAAUUUUCAAAAUUUUCACAGAAUCAGACGCUUUGGAGUUGGCCACAAGGUUUGGGGCUGUUGAAAUAGUAGUGGAGUGUGUUCAAACAUUUCCUGACCUAAUGUGUAUCAGAAUGAAGACCAAUAUGACUGUAUUAGAAGAAGCCAUAAAAUAUCGACGAGAAAAGAUUUUUAAUCUCAUAUGUGAGAUGAAUGCAGAUAAGAAAAUGGCUUCCUUCGUAUAUGAUGAGAAUAACACUAUCCUGCACUGGGUCGCAAAGCUAGCAAAUCCUCAGAGCCUCAAUUCAGUUUCUGGUUCAGCUCUUCAAAUGCAACGAGAGCUCCAGUGGUUUAAGGAGGUUGAGAAGAUUACCCUACAAAGACAUAGACAAAAGAAAAACGAUGAAGGAAAGACAGGUCGAGAUCUUUUCACGGAGGAACACAAGGAAUUAUUGGAAAAGGCAGAGAAGUGGAUGAAAGAUACAGCCAAUUCAUGCAUGCUUGUAGCUACACUCAUCACUACAGUAGUUUUUGCAGCAGCUUUCACAGUACCAGGAGGCAAUAACAGUGACAACAGUAGCAACAACAAUGGGAUUCCAAUUUUCUUAAAUACAACAUCAUUCGCAGUGUUUGCAAUUGCAGAUGCCUCAGCUCUCUUUUCUUCCAUCACAGCGGUUCUUAUGUUUUUUUCUAUCUUGAGUUCACGCUAUUCAGAAGAUGAUUUCCUAUAUUCACUACCAAAAAGAUUAACAAUCGGAUAUGCAAAUCUCUUCUUCUCUAUAGCUACCAUGAUUGUAGCUUUCGGAGCAGCACUUUCUAUUGUACUUCAACCUAGAUGGACAUGGAUUCCAGUUCCUAUAGCAUUGUUUGCUUGUGUGCCUGUGACUUUGUUUGCAUUGCUGCAGCUCCCUUUGUUUGUCACGCUUGUUCGUUCUACCUAUGGGCCAAGCAUCUUUCGGAGAGAGGACCAGCGUAUGAAGUGGAGUUAUUAAGAAGGGCUGUGAACUAUAUGUGUCUCAAUAAGUGGGAGUACUUGUGUGAUAGUAGCUAGACAAUUGUAUCUUCUAUUUCAACUAGAUAAGAGAUUCUAAGUAAUCCAA